AUGUCUGCUAGUUCUUUUCAGGCGCGAGUCGAUUUGGUCUUUGUUGUCUCCGAUGGCAUGUCUGCCAAGCGGGGCGGCAUUUGGACUGUUGUACAGCCUCUUUAUGGGUUUCAAAACGUCCCGAGCGGAGAAGACGAGAUCAACCGGGCACAGCUCUUCGCAAGUGGCUUGCGCUUCGCAUGCCUGUUCAAUCAAGCCUGA